CUCUCCCCAUUACUCACAUCAUAAGCACUACACUUCUCACACCAUCUUUACAUUUUGGUACUUAAGUCUCCACUUUUCUCCUUUUCAGGAGACAUCUUGAUUAGGGUCCUGUUUUCUUUGAACUACAUACGUCCAUAUAUCUAUAUACAUAUAUACAACAAUGGCUGCUGCAGCAUCAGUUGAGGCCAUCAGAAAGGUUCAAAGAGCCCAAGGUCCCGCCACCAUCUUAGCCAUUGGCACUGCCACCCCGUCAAACUGGGUGAACCAGGCUGAUUAUCCUGAUUAUUACUUCAGGAUCACCAACAGUGAGCACAUGACAGAGUUAAAAGAAAAAUUCAAACGCAUGUGUGAUAAAUCAAUGAUUAAGAAACGCUACAUGCAUGUCAACGAAGAGAUAUUGAAAGAAAACCCAAAUAUGUGUGCAUACUGGGAGCCAUCACUUGAUGCGCGCCAAGACAUUGUCGUUGUGGAAGUGCCAAAACUGGGCAAAGAAGCCGCCGCAAAAGCCAUCAAAGAAUGGGGCCAACCCAAGUCCAAAAUCACUCACCUUAUUUUCUGCACCACCUCUGGAGUUGACAUGCCUGGCUGUGACUACCAGCUCACCAAGCUCCUUGGCCUACGUCCGUCCGUCAAGCGAUUCAUGAUGUACCAGCAAGGCUGCUACGCUGGCGGCACCGUGAUUCGUCUUGCCAAAGAUUUAGCUGAGAAUAAUAAGGGUGCUAGAGUUCUUGUUGUUUGCUCUGAAAUUACUGCUGUUACCUUUCGCGGUCCGUCCGAUAAGCACUUGGAUUCUUUAGUUGGUCAAGCACUGUUCGGUGAUGGAGCUGGCGCUUUAAUAGUAGGUUCUGAUCCAGAUACUUCAGUUGAGCGUCCUUUAUUCCAGCUUGUCUCUGCUGCACAGACCAUCCUUCCUGAUUCUGAUGGAGCUAUCGAUGGACACUUACGUGAAGUCGGUUUAACAUUUCACUUGUUAAAAGAUGUUCCUGGAUUAAUAUCAAAGAACAUAGAGAAAAGCUUGGUCGAAGCAUUUUCUCCGAUUGGUAUCAAUGACUGGAACUCUAUCUUCUGGAUCGCUCACCCCGGUGGCCCCGCGAUUCUUGAUCAAGUUGAAGCCAAACUCAGCUUAAAACCUGAGAAAAUGAGAGCAACCAGGCAGGUUUUAAGUGAAUAUGGGAACAUGUCUAGUGCUUGUGUCUUGUUCAUUUUGGAUGAAAUGAGGAAAAAGUCUGUUGAAGAAGGGAAACCCACCACCGGAGAAGGGCUGGACUGGGGGGUUUUGUUCGGGUUCGGGCCGGGUCUGACGGUGGAGACGGUGGUGUUGCAUAGUGUCCCCACGGAGACGGCUACUAAUUGAGUUAGGUGUGACACUACGAGAUAAAACAAAACAAGGUGACUGUAUAAAGACUGAAAGUGAUGGUCUGUGUUCGAGACUGAAGGGGGAAAAAGAAAUUCACUAAUGAAAAAUAAAGAAGAACAUCAGCGUUUGGAUUAGUGAAAAAGUGUAAUAAAUACUUGCAAUUGCAUGUUUGUAAGCUUGAUCUUUUAUUGUUCUUUUUUUCUUUUCUUUUUUUGUUUUAUGUCUGCUGUGAAAGGCUGCAGCUGUGUGUAUCAGUGAAAUUCCACUCUAGAAUUAUGAAGCAUUGUAAUUGCAAUUAUAUUAUGGUAGAAAAAAAAAUUUAUAAUAAAUUUAGAUUAUUGUGUUAAAA